CUAUGAGUCGACAAAAGUGUCUGUGGCACUGAUUUUUAAACAAAACUGAUUUUAGACUUGUUUUUAGACUGACUUUUAAACAAUGUGGGAUUUCUCCUUUUAUCCAGCCAGGAGAUAAAGAUUUCACAGAAGAGUUAAUUGAGUUGCAACCCAUAAAGACCAUUGAACCAUUGGUCAGGGGCUCAAGAAGUGUCAUCAUGGUGCCUAAUGUGGAUGACCUGGACUUUUGCCUAUCGUCUCACUCACAGAGCAUGUUGGAGGGACUGCGUUCUCUCUGUUCUCACCCCAAUCUCAUAGAUGUAACCUUAAGUGCAGGUGGACGGGACUUUCCCUGCCACCGGGGCAUCCUGGCUCUCUGUAGCCGUUACUUCCACUCUAUGUUCUCAGGUGACUUUGUAGAGAGUAUAGCUACACGGGUAGAGCUUCAUGACGUGGAUCCUGAUGUGCUUGCCACUUUACUGGACUUUGCUUACACUGGAAAACUCACUAUCAAUCAGGGAAAUGUAGAGGGCCUGAUACGCACCUCAAGUCAGCUUCAGUUUCAGACAGUGCGGGCUGUCUGUAGUCGAUACCUGCAGCACCAGAUAGAUGCUAGUAACUGCCUUGGCAUACAAGAGUUUGGAGAAAUCCAUGGGUGUCCUGAGGUGGUGGCUAAAGCCAAAGCAUUUCUUUUGGAAAACUUUGAGGCAGUGCAGCAACAUGAGGAGUUUCUGCUACUGGAAAAGGAUAAGCUAGUGACCUGUUUGAUGGAUGAAAGCCUGCAGGUGCGGAAUGACUGUGCUCGAGCGGAGGCAGCACUUGCAUGGGUCAAGCCUUACAGUGACAGCCGUAUCUGUCAUCUGCCAGAACUGUUACGACUGGCGAGACUAUCUCUUCUGCCAGAGUCCUAUCUUAUAGAACGCUUGCUGAAAGAUCCUCUAAUCCAGGAUUCCCCAGAAUGCAAAGAAUUGCUUGAGUUUGUUUCCAGGGAGAAAAUUAAUCUAAAACAAGGUGAGCCAGGACAGAAAAACGCCCAAAAUACCCAUCACAUUCUGCAGGAAGUAUUGUUUGUAAUGGGUGGCCGGUCACUAGAUGACUCUGAUGAAGAAGAUGGGGAGGAAGAGGGUGAGAAUAGGAUUCAUCCCCGGAACUGUGCUUUCUACAAUACAAAGCUUCAGCAGUGGCAUCAGCUACCUGAUUUUCCUAACUACAAUAAGUGGGGUUAUUCUAUUGUCUCUUUAAACAAUGAUGUGUAUGUUACAGGUGGUUCGAGAGGAUCCCAGACCAAUACCUGGUCGACCAAAGAGACCUGGAAGUAUAUCACACGUGAAGGCAGGUGGGUUACAGUUACACCAAUGUUGAAGCCCAGGACUAACCACACCUCUGCUGCAUUAAAUGGAGAGAUUUAUGCCAUUGGAGGCACUGUGAUGGACAUCGUAGAAGUAGAACACUAUGACCCAUACAGUGACAGCUGGACUCUGACAGCUCCUGCACUGAAAUAUGUAACCAACUUUACGGCUACUGCAUGUUUAGGGAAGCUGUAUGUCAUUGGCUCCUGUGCUGUCAAAUAUAAUGCCCUGACUCUACAGUGCUACAACCCUGUCAUAGAUGGUUGGAGUGUCAUCUGUUCUCCGUUCAUCCCAAAGUACCUCUCCUCUCCUCGUUCUGUUUCUAUGGAUGGGGUCAUAUAUCUAAUAGCAGACAACACCAAAAAGGUGUAUCUGUAUGACCCAGAUGCUAACAUUUGGCAGAAGGUCCAGUUCCUGCACAAACUCCAUGAGAAUGGAGGCUUGGUGGUUCUAGGAGGACAGCUCUAUGUUACUGGGGGGCACUGGAAAGGAAUGGAAGGAGAUUAUGGGGUGGAAGUGGAGGUUUACAACAGAGCAUCCAACUCCUGGAGGGUGGAGUGUUUCCUUCCCAGGCUGUGGUACUACAGUGGUUGCUGUUCUGUAUUCCUAGAAACGUCCCAGUGGCCUGAGCUCUUUCCUGAAGAGACAUAAUAGAAUGCAGAAACAUAAAGCUGUUCUGUAAGAUUUCCUGUAAUGAACUUAGCCUAGCUAAACUGACGAGGACUUUUCUUUCAGAUCCAUGAAAUAAAAUUUCUACUUUUUAAAAAAUAUAUUAUUAUUUAUAAGAAACAGAAGUGUGUUAAGUAAAAGAAAUACACCUUAAUGCAA